UCUCUCCCUCACCCUCACCUCCACACUAACCGCUAAGCAAACAACAAAUACUUUCGUUUUCCCCCUCUAUUCUGCCUGCUUUCUUCUUCCUCGCCCUUUUACAGCCGAGAUUCUCUUCCACCAUUGGAUCAACUAUAUCUCCCGGCGAUACUUUCUAUCACGAUCCAGCACCGCCUUCAGUAUGGUUGUGAAUGGUUUGCCAGUGAAAAGGAUGAAGAGAAGAGUUACAGCCGACCUCUACGACUUCCUCACGUUCCCUUCCUCUUCCACCUCCGCCUCUGGAUCUGGCGUCGCCACGCCGUUUCGUGUCAACAUCAGGUCUUUUCUGUCGAAGCACGCUCUCAUGCCUCCUCAGUCGUCGCUUUUCCCUCACGUGACGAUCUGGCAGAUCGUCUUCAGAGUCGGUGACCCGACGGACAGCUCCGAUCCCUCUUCAUCCGUGGUUUGUCUAGACGUGGUGGAGGAGGACGUCGCUAGAUCUAGAUCCAUCUACUGUGACCUGUGCCGAGUCGUUGGGUGGAGCGGCCAUCCAGUAUGUUUCAAACGAUACCACUUCAUCAUAAAGGCUGAUGGUAACUCCAUUGGUGGCUACCAUAAACCAUGUGUGCGUUGCGGAGAUAUCCUGCAUCUGUCAGAAUUAAGGUGUAAGUCAUGCAGCCAUGUGACAACUACAGAUGAUAUUGAGGAAUGGGUGUAUAACCAAUUGGAGGACACAACCCAUCUUUUGCAUGGUGUAAUCCAUUCAAAUGGUUACGGGCACCUUCUUAGGGUCAAUGGCAGGGAAGGGGGUUCAAGGGUUCUCUCAGGGUUUCAUAUCAUGGAUUUCUGGGACCGACUAUGUAAAACCCUUGCUGUCAGGAAGGUAAGCGUGAUGGACGUGUCAAAAAAGUAUGGGUUGGAGUACCGACUACUUCAUGCCAUUACCAAAGGCUGUUCAUGGUAUGGGAUUUGGGGAUAUGAAUUUGGUGCUGGUAGUUUUGCGCUGACAGUUGAUGAAUAUAAAUCAGCUGUUGAAACUCUUUCUAGCCUUUCACUAUCCAUCUUUCUGCUGCAAGGAUUGAAACCCAGCACCCGACUACAAGACACUAUCUCAUUUUACCAGUCUUUAUCAAAGAGCAAGCUUGUAAAUGUAAAGGACCUCUUUUGUUUUCUUAUGAGUUUGAUCCAUGAUGCCCGUAAGUUUAACUCCGGGGCCGGGGAUGCUGCCAUCAAGAGACAACGUACUUCUUCAGCGGUUUUACCAUGGAGUAGAGAUGAUGUUACACGAGUUGAAGAGGCCAUGUUUAGAGUGCUUCGGGCCGUAUCUGGGUCCAACUGGGUAAGUUCACGUGCUCUUAGGGGAGCUGUCUGCAGAGUGGCUCCUCCAGAGCUCCUUGAUAAUUGCCUCAUGGAACUUCGUGGGAAAGUGGGAGCAGGAGGAAUGGUUGUUAAUGCGAGACACAAUCCUGAUUCAGAUUCGCUCGAGUAUAGGCUUGAGCCUCAAAAUGUUUCCGUAAGCACCAGUGGGAACAAUGCUUUUGUUCCUAACUGUCCUUCAUCCGGGGAAAUUCUUAAGCUGGAUCUUAAAUUCUUGUACGAAUCCAUACUCCAGCCUCAAACCAUGUCGACCUUCCCUGCAGACGAAAUAAGAAAUCUUGCCAUCAGCUCAGCUGAGAAGCUCCUUGACUACAAGCAAUUUGUGAAACAUUACAAGAAUGAGAUGCUAUCAAGUGGGAAUCGAGCCAUAAUUUGCAUCUCAUGCGGGUUAGAGCUUACGGAACUAAAUAAAGAAAUUGCCUCCAAUCCACCUGCAGAGUUGGUAGUUUUACCUGUAAAAGCCACCAUAUCAGACCUCAAGACCGAAGCUUCAAAGGCUUUCCAGGAAGUAUAUUUGGCAUUCAAAAGAUUCCAAGCCGAAGAGCUGGUUGGCUUUGGUGGUGUAGAGGAUUCCACCCAGGUCAAGCUCUUGAUAGGGACAACUGGAUGCGUUCGACUUCGAGGGAGAUGUCCGGGGAAAAUUGGGCUUAGUAAAUACAGGUUGGAAAGAGGGAUGGAAAGGUGGACAGUGGAUUGCAAAUGUGGAGCCAAGGAUGAUGACGGGGAAAGGAUGUUGGCUUGUGAUGUAUGUGGGGUAUGGCAGCACACGAGGUGUUCCGGAAUUAACGAUUCCGAGGCAGUGCCUGCCAAGUUCGUUUGCAACAGAUGCAGCAAAGAGUCGGUGCAGACGAUGCCAACUGUUAGAUAGUGUAAGAAUGAGAAUGGAAGCUUGGGAAAGAGCAUGACAGCUCCUUGUGGUGUUGAUUGAAAUGUGGGGUUGUGGUGCUUCAGGCGUGCCUUCAAGGGAGGUUUCAUCAACGCGUACAUAAAAAGAAACUGGCCUAAAGUCAUCGAGGCAGUUGUUUUGUUUUGUUGUAUAUAUUUUUGCUAAGUUAUUUAAUAUAAAACAUG